AUGGAGGAAUUUCAAGGAUAUUUAGAACUAGAUAGAUCUAGACAACAUGACUUCCUAUACCCACUUCUUUUUCGAGAGUAUAUUUAUGCACUUGCUCAUGAUCAUGGUUUAAAUAAAUCGAUUUUGUUCGAAAAUGCAGGUUAUGACAAUAAAUCUAGUUCAAUAAUUGUGAAACGUUUAAUUACUCGAAUGUAUCAACAGAAUCCUUUGAUUUUUUCAGCUAAUGAUUCUAUCCAAAAUCCAUUUUUUGGGCAAAACAAGAAUUUUUAUUCUCAAAUUAUCUCCGAGGGAUUUGCAGUCAUUGUGGAAAUUCCAUUUUCCCUAAGAUUAGUAUCUUCCUUAGAAAGGAAAGAAAUAGCAAAAUCUCAUAAAUUACGAGCAAUUCAUUCCAUAUUUCCUUUUUUAGAGGACAAAUUUUCACAUUUAGAUUAUGUGUCGGACGUACUAAUACCCUAUCACAUCCAUCUAGAAAUCUUGGUUCAAACCCUUCGCUACUGGGUGAACGAUGCCUCUUCUUUGCAUUUAUUACGUUUCUUUCUCCACGAGUAUUGGAAUAGUCUUAUUAUUCAAAAGAACCAUAUUACCAUUUUUUCAAAAGGUAAUCCAAGAUUAUUCUUGUUCCUAUAUAAUUCUCAUAUAUGUGAAUACGAAUACUUCUUUCUUUUUCUCCGUAAUCAAUCUUCUCAUUUACGGUCAACAUCUUCUGGAAUCUUUUUUGAGCGAAUAUAUUUCUAUGUAAAAAUAGAACAUUUUGUCAAAGUCUUCUUUGAUAAUGAUUUUCAGUGCAUCCUAUGGUUCUUCAAAGAUCCUUUCAUGCAUUAUCUUCGAUAUCAAGGAAAAUCAAUUCUGGCUUCAAAAGAUACGCCUCUUCUGAUGAAGAAAUGGAAAUAUUACCUUGUUAAUUUAUGGCAAUAUCAUUUUUACGCCUGGUUUCAACCAGGAAGGAUCGAUAUAAACCAAUUAUGCAAGUAUUCUCUUGACUUUUUGGGCUAUCGUUCAAGCGUGCGACUAAAUUCUUCAGUGGUACGAAGUCAAAUGCUAGAAAAUUCAUUUCUAAUAAAUAAUGCUAUGAAGAAGUUCGAGACAAUAGUUCCAAUUAUUCCUCUGAUUGGAUCAUUGUCUAAAGCGAAUUUUUGUGACACAUUAGGGCAUCCCAUUAGUAAACCGACCCGGGCUGAUUCAUCCGAUUCUGAUAUUAUCGACCGUUUUUUGCGUAUAUCCAGAAAUCUUUCUCAUUAUCACAGCGGAUCCUCAAAAAAAAAGAGUUUAUAUCGAGUAAAAUAUAUACUUCGACUUUCUUGUGUUAAAACUUUGGCUCGUAAACACAAAAAGACUGUACGUACUUUUUUAAAAAGAUUAGGUUCGGAAUUUUUGGAAGAAUUCCUUACGGAGGAAGAAGUUGUUCUUUCUUUGAUCUUCCCAAGAACUUAUUCUACUUCACGAAGGUUAUAUAGAGGGCGGAUUUGGUAUUUGGAUAUUACUUCUAUCAAUGAUCUAGUCAAUUAUGAAUGA